AACCCGUUUGUUCUGUUGAACCAGUUGACAUUCGACGCUUCCAAUCGCCCUUUCGCUCCUCUACCUCUAGCAGCCGCGGCGGUGCUCUCUCCGCUAUAUAAAUGAGGUCUGCGCCAUGCAAUCUAUCGAACACCUUCACUUCAUUACGUCCAACGCUCCUCGACACCCAGAAAGCUCAUGCUGUUCUCCUCAAAUCCGGCAUCCCGAUAGAAGGAUCUGAUGUCGUCCAUCGCUACUGCAAUUGCUCCGCGUUUCAGGACGCGCGCAAGCUGUUCGACGAGAGGUUCGAAUGGGAUGUGGUCUCGGCUACGGCCAUCAUCGGCGCCUUCGCUCGCCGCGGUCGACAUCGUGAUUCCUUUUCGAUUCUCUCUCGCUUGCUUUUCCUUGGGAUCAGGCCCAACCAAUUCACCUUCGGUGCCACGCUGCAUUCCUCCACCGCUGUCGGCGAUCUCAACAUCGGUAAGCAGCUUCAUGCUUUUUCAACUAAGUUGGGUCUCCAUUCCGAUGUCUUUGUCGGGAGCUCUCUUGUGGAUCACUACGCCAAAUUGGGUACGAUUAAAGAAUCACAAUUCGCAUUUGAGGACACUCAUGAGCCUAAUGUUGUCUCGUACACUGCGUUGAUGAGUGGAUACUUGAAGAUCGACAGGUUCCAUGAAGCAAUUCAACUAUUCUACGAAAUGCCGAUGAGAAACGUUAUCUCAUGGAACGCUAUAAUCGGGGGCUGUAGUCAGGUUGGUCUCAGUGAGGAGUCUGUCAAUCUUUUCAAUGCAAUGUGUCGAGAAGGUUUCAGGCCCAACCAGUCCACCUUCCCCUGUGUUAUUAGUGCAGCUGCCAAUAUAGCAGCUCUUGGUAUGGGCAGAAGCUUUCAUGCUUCCGCUAUCAAAUACUUGGGUCAGCUUGAUGUUUUUGUGGUUAAUUCGCUGAUAAGCUUCUAUGCCAAGUGUGGGUGUUUACAUGACAGUAUUUUAGCAUUUGAGAGGAUUGAGGGCAGAAAUAUUGUUUCUUGGAAUGCCAUGAUUUGCAGUUGUGCACAAAACGGAAGAGGGGAGGAAGCCUUGGAGUUCUAUAAGAGAAUGCAGAGGUCGGGGUUAAAGCCAAACAGUGUCACCCUUCUCGUAGUGUUGUUUGGCUGCAGCCAUGCAGGUUUGGUUGAUGAUGGAUAUGCUUGUUUCAGUAUAGCCAAGGUUGAACAGCCAGACAUACUGAGAGCUGAACAUUAUGCUUGUGUGGUUGAUUUGCUCGCUCGGUCAAGGAGAUUUGGUGAGGCAGAGAGGUUUCUUCAGGAGCUGCCUUUUGAGCCAGGAAUUGGGUUUUGGAAGGCAUUGCUUGGAGGGGGUCGGAUACAUUCGAACAAGGAUCUGGCCAAGACUGUUGCUAAUCGAAUUCUUGCGCUAGAUCCAAAGGACAUUUCGUCCUAUGUGUUGCUAUCCAAUUUGUACUCUGCUGCAGGUAAUUGGCAGAGCGUAUCGGUGAUCAGGAGAGAGAUGAAGGAGAAAGGAAUGAAGAGAACUCCUGGAUGCAGCUGGAUUGAGAUUAAGAACAAGGUUCAUGUAUUCUUUAAUGGAGAUAGGAGGCAUGCUCAAACUGAUGAAAUUUAUAUGGUUUUAGCAACAUUCUUGGAUACUUAAAAAGUUCAGUACCCUACAUGCUUUGGCCUUGAAGCUCAAGAGUGAGCUAAAUUUCGUGAGUUCAUGCAUGUUUAAGCUGUGUACAUGACAUGGAACUCUCAGGUGUUAUCGCUGAGUCUUGGCUCUUCUAACUAUACUUUCAG